CGUACUGCAGAUGACGUAAGACAAACCGAGCAGGAACCGAAACUUCAGAGCUGGCAAAGACAAGGAAAUAAGUUUAAAUCGAGGGCCGGUGAUAUGUUCCAGUUGUAUUAAUUUAAUGCUGCUCCUGUGUGUGAGUAAAUGGCUGCCAGAGACAUGGACCCGGACACUGAAGUUGAAAGCAUUUUUAGACAUGAGAAUGGGGAGGAGGGAGAGAAGUGGAAGAGGCCUCCCUCCAGCUAUGGCUCAAUGAAGAGUGACAGCGAUGGGAUGGAGGAAGGCGGAAAUGAAGAUGAGGCUCAGGAGGCCUUCGCUCUCCCGUUGCCCGCGGUGCUCCCUGGAUCGUCUACCCAUGAGGGGACAGGGUUGCAGAUGAACCGCCCAGCUUCUCCAGAGACCCGCUACACUAUGACUACACAGCAGACCCGACUGCCGGGAGCUGUUUUUGACACCAGGUCUGCUGAUCUGAGGGAUUUCCUAGAAAACUACCAGGACGAGUAUUGUGAAGAGGAUGAAGACGACGACGACGAUGAAAUGUUAGAAACCAAUUCCCCAGAACCACCAGAGCCCGUUGAACUAGAAGACACAAUGCAGGCUGAUGAGAACAGCCAGCCAGGUAGACUGCACCCAGAGCAGGACCUGCCCCAUAUAUUUAAGAGUAUCCAGAGUGUUCUGACAAAGUUGAAGAGGGAUGAGCAAACAACGUUUAGGCUGGACUUUAACGUGUGGGAACCAAAAAUAACACUACAGCAGGUGAUGGAGGGAGACCUUCUUGAUUUUGUGGACAAGAUCCUAGAGGUACUUGGCGAGGAUCGUGCCCUUUUACAUACAAUAAGAACUCUAGAAAAUGUCAAAAAGAUGGAGGAGGCAGAGGAACUGACGACAACCUGUAAGAGAGCGCUGAUCCGUCAUCACCUCAAGCAGCAUUUAAUAGGAAAACACCAAAUCAUCCGGGAGGGGGUCGUUAGAGCCGGGAGGCAGAAUCUUCUAAACCACAUCUACGUUGAGCCCCUGAUUACACUCUGUGGUUAUGGAGGAGUUGACCCCUCCCAACCUUCGUCACCGCUCCAGGUGCCCACUGCCAACACCUGUGUGGGCUUGAACGAUCUAUUCCGACUACAGAAGGAUGGAAGGCCGGUGAGGACAGUGGUGACCACUGGGAUUCCGGGAAUCGGCAUGUCGGUCUCUGUGGGGAAAUUCUCCCUGGACUGGGCAGAAAUGGAAGCCAAUAAGGAUCUGCAGUUUGUCAUCCAACUUUCAUUCCGAACCUUCAGGCUCCUGCGAAAAAAUGCCUCCGAGGAGAUAUCCAUCAUGGAAGUGAUAGAAUAUCAUCAUCCUGACCUCAAAGACAUAAAUAAAUACUUGGAGGAAGAGGACUGUAAAUUUCUCAUCAUAAUGGAUUCAUUUGAUUGUUACCAAGGCUCCCUGGACUGGCAGAACGCUCCAGUGAUAAAUGACAACGUCACCAAAGCGCACCCUGAUGUGCUCAUUGUAAAUCUCAUCCGAGGCACCGUGCUGCGCGGGGCCCGCGUCUGGAUCCUGGGGAGACGAGCUGCUGUCUCACAAAUACCUUCUAAAUACAUAGACGUGGUCACAGAUUUACAGGGCUUUAGUGAUGAGAAGAAAGACGAAUACCUGAAAAUGCGUUUUCGUGACGCAGAGCUGUCAUCACAGAUCGUGGCCCAUUAUAAGCGCCUACCGCCCCUCGUCAAAUUAGCUCAGCAUCCCUUUGUUUGCUGGAUAGUGGCCACAGUGUUCGAGCGCUGCUUCCGUUAUUUUAGCUAUGGGGAGCACCCCCCCCGGCUGACGCCAUUCUAUGUCAACAUCACCGUUGUCCAGACCAAUCGCAAGCUGCAGUUCUACUAUGGAAAGCAGGACAAUGAACUGAAAUGGUCCAAGGAGGACAAGAACCUGAUCACAGAUAUCGGGAAGAUGGCCUUUAAGAUGCUGGAGAGGAACACCAGCGUGUUCUUUGAGGAGGACUUGGAGGUAGCAGGGCUGAAGUUAACGGAGGCGACGGUGUUUUCCGGCCUGACCACCGAGCUCGCCCCUGCGGCCCCAGGCAGGAGGAGGUCGUUCGGCUUCAUACACAUCCACUUCAAGGAGUUCCUGGCCGCUCUGUACGUCUUCACAAUGUUUUACACCAAGUCCAAGAACGUCCUGACCUCCGCGUUGCACAAGCCCUUCCUGUUAUGGGAGAUCAAAUCAGCGGCGGGCCUCCUCCAGUGCGCCCUGACGCGAACCCACGCCGCCCCGCUGGGCCACUACGACAUGUUCUUGCGUUUUCUGUGCGGCAUGCUUUCCCCGGACUGUCACAGCAAUCUGAUGGGCGGGUACCUGUACCCCCAAAAAGCCCUGAAGGUGAGCGGACUGGAGGACGCGCGGCUGCUGCUUGAACGGACGAUAAAGACUGCUGAGGAAAACAACAGAGACCGGGUGGAAAACUUAAAGGAGUGCCUUAGAGAACUGACCCAGCAGGAUGAGUGAGGUUGGGUUGGAUUGCAUCACUUUAUGAGUAGAGAGCAGUGGCGUUACAGCUCAGUUGCUUUAGAGUCAAGUGUGAUGCUUGAAACACUAUAGACAGUCACUUACACGUUCCAGUCGGUUUUUAUUUAAGCCGUGAUAUUAAAAAAUAAUGUGGAGACUUUACUUCUCCAGAUUGGCUAUUGGAUCCCCCAGUCAGAGCUGGUAGACGUGGCCUGGGAAGGGGAGGUUUGGAGUCCCCUGCUUGAGCUGUAGCAGGAGACUCCAAACAGUCCCCUGCUACAGCGGGUGAAGGUCGGAUGACAGAUGGUGUGUUGCUUUUCAAAAUAUCUUCAAAAGAAACAUUUGUAAUUUGUGUUUUAUAAUUAAAGCCGUGUGGUAUCAGAAGAGCUUCACACUAUUUAUUCAACAAAUAUAUAUAUAUAUAUAUAUAUAUAUAUUUUAUAUUUUAUAUUUAUAUAUAUAUGUGUUUAACCUUUCUCAGACCGACAUGGAUAGGAUUUUAGUUGUCUUUUGCAGAUGGGCAAAGAAUAGUUUCAUUUGUAGACAGAUUAUGAUAAAAAAACAGACACUUUAUUCACAUAAAAAAUGAUACCACUGUGAUUUGGCAACAUGAUUUGUUCUUAAAA